UCCACCCUUCAUGAGGUCCCCAGACCACCUGCCACUCCCUAUCUCUCUCCUCUCCUCUGCAAGCCCUCUUCUCCCCAGGCUCCUGCUUGUCCGGCAUGGAAUGGUUUGGAGGUAACCCUUCAUCCCAGAGCAGCACUAGCUGCCUCUCCGAGGACUCACAGGACGGGAACACUCUAAUGGUUGGAGCGAAUUCUUUGGAAGAAAAAAAGCUGAAAAGACGUCAAAAGAACCGUGCAGCUGCCCAGAGGAGCCGACAGAAGCACACAGAGAAGGCAGACGAGCUCCAUCAGCAACACGAGAUGCUGGAGAAGUCUAACGCUGCCCUGCAGAAGGAGAUUGAGGCCCUGGAGAAGGAGAAGAAGAACUGGAUUCAGACGCUCAAGGACCAUGAGGCCACCUGCCUGCUUGGUAGCCCGGACAUCUGCCAGGACUUGCUGACUUCUUCCUUGACAACUCAGCCCUCCCUUCCACUUUGGCUGGUCGAAGGGCUGGACCUGGGGUUACAGUGACCCCGACUACCCCAUGGGGAUCAUAAGCCAAGGAGGGAGUUAAAUUGGGAGAGAAGAACUGCUGUACUGGAUUAGACUGCUGGACCCAUCCAGCGCAGUAUCCCACCCUCCCUGCUGCCCUGGAUCAGACCCACAGCCCAGGUUGUUCCAUCUUCAACCUUGGCCAGAAGCAGGUACUUGAAAGGACAACACCAAAUGUCAUCUAGGGGAUGGGCUGGUGGAUGGAUGCAGCCUCGCUUCGUUCCAGGCAGCAGACCUCUCCACAAUCAAACCACUUUCCUCACAGAGAGGGAAUUCCUGGCUAGUCCCUGAGCAAACCCAGCCUGUUGUUCCACAGAACCCAGCACAGUACAGGGAGCAGGCAGUCCUGCCUGAUGCCAUCUAACUCUAAAACCAAAUCUAAUGACCUGUGAGGAGACUAAUAAAAUUCACACACCCACCCUGCAGCCAACACCUGACCCUGCGCCCGUCCAGCCUGCAGUGCUCGCCACCGUGCUACACAGAACUGGGGACUCCAAUCAAGUGCAACGCUAGUGCUAGAUCUUAUCCAUUUAGCCCUCAGUGCAGCCCUGGUACCUUAUGGUGUCCAGGCUUUUUGCCUAGUCUUAAGCACAGGGUGAAUUUCACCCUAAGGAGCCAUUACCAAGCUGCUGUUUAUACUGAAAUGGAACUGGUGUUUUCUCAGGUUCCUAGCUCACCAGGUGCCGUGUUUAACAAGACAGCUAUGAAUUUCUGACCUUGCAAAUGUCUAGUCUAUGUAACUGUGUUUCUGCAUGAGCAUCUACUGGCUCAGAUGUUUGCCAGCAUCUACUGGCUCAGGUGUGAACCUUAAAUUACACUUUGUUUAUUCUCUUGUAAGAUGGGGUUCAGACUUUGAGGCAUAGGUAGGCUCACUUAUUCUGUGAGCUAAGUGAGAUCAGACUCCCAUUAUCACAUUACCCGUAUAAUCAGAUGCCACACACUCACAGACUUUAAGGCCAGAAGGGACCACCAGGAUUAUCUGAUCUGACCUUGGGCACAGUGCAGCCUACAGAACCUUCCCCCAUCCCAUA